GUCACUAGUACUAUAGUUAGUACGUGUACAAAAAUCAGCCAUUUAUGUUUUGUACGCUGAAAAUCAUGCACUGACACGAACUUAGUUUGUGAACAGCUGGUGAACUUGAAAACUGCUACGAACUCCUAAAUGACUGCGAAAUUCACUUUUUUUAGGUGACGGUCAACAACCCAACAUGGAUGCCCAAAGCGUCGUUCCACCACACAUAACGAUCCCGGUUUUGGCCGUGGUUGUUCUCGUUUGUCUCGUUUUCAUGUUUGGAUUUCGCAUGACCAGUCCGCAACCACCGAGUUUCGAUUUUGAUGAUGAGUCCAAUGACAAGAAAUCCAGACGGGGCAGGAAAAGAGUAACAUCAUCGCGACCAGAGAAAGCAAGCACAAAUGGAUCUGUUCCAACGCAGAAAGAGAGCCGGGAGAAGGCUGCGCCAGCCAAGACUUCUCCGAGCAGUAACGGCAGCAAUGCCUCUCCUAAGAAGGCCAAGCCAGCUGUACCCAAGAUCACCACAUCUAACAGUGCCCCAAAGCCAAAGAAAAUAAAUGACGGUGCUAGCCAGGAGAGGGAAGAGCAAGAAGGAGGUGAAGGAUGGAUCACUCCAAUUUCCAAGAAAGAACGCAAGCAGAACAAGCAGAAUGCAGGCCAGAAGGAGGUUACCAGUCAAGGCCCAGCUAGGCUCUCCCCCAGGCCCCACAAGAUGACAGCCUCAGGGGACAGUGUACAGAGCAGCACCAAAACCACAGAGCAAGUGGCUGUUGCAGAGUCUAAUUUGACUGCAGAGAACGCCACCCAAACCGAUGAACAGACCAAAUCCGUUGAAAAGGUUGAAGAGAAGAAAGUUCCAGAGACUUUAGCUGCCUCCCCUCCUCCUCCUCCUACCGCGGCAGUAGAGUCGCCUUCCACUAACAGCAGCAAGAGCUCUCGAAAGAAAAAGAAAGCAGCUGCAGCCGCCGUUGCCGACUUUGCGUCCACGAUACCAACUGACAAGGUUGAGGAACCGACUGUGGCUAGUGAUGAAGUACAGGAGGUACCGAGCGAGAGUGUAGUGGAACCAACAGAAAGUGGGGAUGCACCGAUAGAGCCUGAAGGCAAAGUGGAAGAGGCAGAGGAGGAAUUCACAGUCACAAAGUCAAAGAAAAGCAAAAAGAAAAAGGCCAAGAAUGCAUCAUCUGCUGUAGCAAGUCCAGAGGCAGCCCAACCCUCCAGUUUGCCAGAGACCCCUGCCAGCCAGCCCCUUGCCACAACCAGCCCGAAACCAGAUAGCCCAGUCAAGGAAAAGCAAGGGUCACCUAAGAAAUCUCCCAAGAAAUCCGCCAAGAAGCCAGCAUCAAAACAAGUUCCUGUAGAAGCAGAAGAAAGUAGCAGUAAACCUGAAUUCGCUUCAAAAGGAGCAUCGUUAGACCCCGAUUCAAAAACACAGAGGGCAGAAGAAACAGUAGAAGAGAGACUGGCCCCCAAACCCACCCCUAGUCCAGAUCCAGCAAGCCCAACCAUGCCAAGCCCAACCAAGCCAAGCCCAACUACACCACAAGACAGUGUGGAGGCUGCACCAUCGGAGGAGAGGAAAGACGGGGCAACAGGGGGAGAAGGAGGAGAUGACUGGGUCGAAGCCAAACCAGUCAAGAAGAAGAAGAAGGUCAGGAAGGACGUCUGACCUUUGACCUUUCAUCUCUGUGAGGCCGUUGACCUCCGUGUGCCUUUUAAAGAGACCUCUGUACCUGGGUCGUGCCUUUCAUCCGGCAGAGAAACCAACAAAGCUGUGCAAGGAUAUGGGAGAUGGCGGUGGAUAUCGUGACCUUUGAACUAUGACCUUUACUGUGACACCCAGUGCAGUUUCCAUUUGUUAAUGUACCCCAGACAUUGUGCAGAGCCUAGCUUAUCCAUAAUUUGAAUUAUAUGUGCUGAUGGCAGGAGUGAACUACCAUAUGAAGUACAGCAGUUAACGACAUGACCCUUGACCUUUGACAUUCGUCAUGACAACCAGCAUAAAUUUCAUUCCAGGAAUACAGUCAAAGUAAGGUCGAAGGUAGGGUAAGCAGUAUUUCGGAAAUCAAUUCGGAAGUGCCAGAUCGGCAAAGAAGUGACUUGAAAACUCCCCAAGUUCUGAUGGAAUAUGACCCCUGUUUUUUUUUUACUUGCACAAAAUGCAGAAUAUCUACCAUUGCAUUCAAGGUAUACUGAACUAAGCUUCACUCACAAUUUAUGCCAGCACAAUAUCUAGAAAGAUAUGGAGUUAAUGUGAGAUAAGUUUCAGACAUGAACAUUUCUGGAGUAUGUGUAAAUUUCAUCAUUUACAGCAACUCUCAAAACCAAAUCGGGGGAACAACACAGAGGCUUGUAAUUGUAAGGAUGCCAAAAUGUGCCAAAGUUUAGUACCCUUCUUGCUGUUAAGCCAAACAUGAGUCUUUUUUUAUUCUAACCACCAAUACGUUGUCCUGAACUCUGUUGGUAUCCCUCGCAACGUGUGUCGAAACUUUGACGGCUGUUGCGUUACAUCGAAGCAUGGGAAAGUUUCAUGUCAUGGUAUUUGUGACGUAUGUUGCCAAAUAUGAAGGGUGUUUAGAAGUAGAAAUCAAUCAAAAAAAGAAUAAAUUUUGAACAUUGUUUGAUUUAUUUUCUUGAAUUGUACAGCAAUUAGCUAGAACAGGAGACACAAAAUUAUAUUUUUUUUCUCUGAUUUUAGAGGUAUUUUACAAGUUAGAGUAUAUUAUUUUGUGUAUAUGAAAUUAUUGAAACAUAUUUUUUAUCGAAAUCCGAUGCUCCAUCAUUCCAACCAGUUAAGGGCAUUUGUUAAGAUAUUUUUGAAAGAAAGCAUAAGCAACAUUUACACUCUAAUUGAAAUAUCAAGUGUAUAAUUUUUCAUUAAAAAAUGUGGGAUGACUUUAUUUUUUAAUCAACGACAAGAUUCGAGAGAAUAAAUAGAUGAAUUUCAAUUUCUCAUACUACUUUAUUAGUGUUUGUAAGACUUACUAGAAUAUCUGAGGUUUGAAGUAGACUUCAAAUAAAUAUGUACAUAUUACUUAUUUUUGAUGCUAUCUCUCAUACAAACACUGCAUGAAUUCAUCGCAGCAUUCAUAUAGACAACAUUCCCAAAGAAUACCCCUCCUGUUGCCUUCAACAUCUCCAUUUUUUGGUGAAAUUCUUUGAUGAUCAAUAUUUCAUUUUUAGCAUUCCGUUUCUAUGAAUAGAUGCAAGAAAAAAAUAGACUUGGGUGCCAUUUUUGAAGAGUAUUCCACAAUUUAGGCAGUAUUAUAAUCAAACUUCCAGGAUUAUCUUGACUAAUAGUAUGCUCAUAUGAGGACAAAGGUGUACCUUUUUUUAUUGAGAUAAUGGUAGAAUACAUCUCUUUUUUGUCUCAUUUCAUUUUCAAACUGGGUGUGGGGUUUUAAGAGUCAACAGUAUUAAUCUCAUUGCAAGCAGAGGGAUAAAAGGUAUUAUGCAUAUUUUUGAAACUCCAGCAGCAAAGAUACAUUGUAAACCGCACUGAUGUUUUUCCCCUCUAGACAUAUGUCCAAAGACCAAUUCGACAAUAUCAUCAGUGAAUAUGGUGUGCAAAUCAUAUUUCAGUAAAUGGUGUAUGUGAUGGGGGUAAACUAGCAAAAAAAUGUUACAUUAAUUUCAUUAUGAAUUUAAUAUAUCAACUGAAAUGAACAAAAAAAUGAGAUUCUAAGGUAGAAAAAUAAUAUUUUAUCAAAGUUCAUUUCAAACUCCUCUACCUGGUUUUUUUUGCCAAAAAUAUAUAUUUUUAUAGGGAUUGGAUUUCAUGAGUUUAAAUGGAUGUUUUUGCUCUUAAUUUACUUUCAUUUGACAUCAAAAUAUUUUGUGAAGAAAAAUGAAAUUCGGAAAUUAUAAUCACAUGUUUUGUGUCAAAACUUUGUUUUUUCUUUGUGAUUACUUACAUGUUUGGUGGUAUUGUAGCUUACACUUGAGCCGGUAAAGACAACAUCUCAAGUUUUAUUUCCUAUGAGUGUAUAUUGUACAUAAAGCAAAUAUGUAAAUAAAGAUAUGAUGACAAUCUCUUUAUCUUGUCAAGGAAUAUUGCUCCAUUGAACAUUAGUCUAACUUAAAUCAUGGUCUGAAGACGUAGAUUAAGUAUGGUUAUUCAAAUGGGACGUAAAUCUCGAUCAAUUUACUAUCACAUUUUGAACGCGAAGCAUUACAAAAUGUCUUGAAAUGGUCAAUAUAAUUGUUUUCUUCACCAUUGAAAUGUGGGGAAGAUCUGCAUAAACUCACGAGGAGCGAGUGAACAGAGGAAAUGAAUGUUCAGCAAUUAUAACUUAUAAUUUUAGUCUAGACUUAGACCAUGAUAUAAGUUCAACCAAAGUUCAGAAUAAUUCUGUGGAAUAUGGAGAUAAUAUUCUUUAUUUUUGUUGGUGUUUUCCAGUACAACUCUAAGCUUGAUACAGGUAUGAUGUGUGCUUUGAGCUUUGACCAAUGCACAAAGGAUUUAUGAUUUUUUUUUUUAAUUUUAAACAGUCAUACAGUACCAGCAUAUGAUUUCAGCCACUUUAAUACAGUACAUUUAUUGAAAUAUAUUAUUUUUUCUGAAGUUUCAAUGGCUUCAUCACCAUUUUUUGUCACUCGUUUUGGGGCUUUUGAAUAGUAUGAUAUACUAGUCUUACCUUAACUUGUACGCUACCAUUCCAUGUGUAUGAUUGAGACCAUAUUGAGAAGCAUUGUUUUCUGAGAUGUACUUCAUUCAGGUGACAAUUAAUUUUUUUUCUAUUUUCAGAGGCUAUAUUUUUGACCUCAUUGGAACAACUGCUGAAUCAUAAGGAUUAUUUCUUUCACUGUAAGGGCUACUUUUUUUUUGCUCAAUGGGCAAUUAUGCUGUGCAAGCAUAUCAAUUUCUUCUGUUUAGAAAAAAAAGAUAUCUUGGAGCACCUUUUACAAAAGAUGGUUCCCCCCCCAGCAUUCCAUUUUGUCAAUUUUAGAUGCGCGUUUGGCUUCAGUGAGGAUGAAAUAGCCCAUCCUCAUUUGUUUCAUACACCAAUGUCAUUUAGAGUUCUUUUAUAGUUGUGGAUAUUGGUUGGAAGUCUGCACAUACCUAUUAUCUUGCAUCGUAUCAAAUACUUUGCUUUAUUCUGCGUACUUAAGUAAGUUGGGGAAUUUAAGUAGCGUUGCAAACAAGUAUUUAGUCGAAAUUGUGAGAUUGACGUAUCUUGCAUCGUAUCAAGUAUUUUGCUUUAUUCUGCAUACUUUUGAAAGUAGAUUGUGGACCUGCAUUUCAGUAGCAUUAUAAAGUUGAAAUUGUGAUGUUUAAGUUUUAUUUUUUCGCACUUGAUAUCAAUAGAUCAAUAGAUGUAGAUUGGGCUAUUAUAGUAAAAUGAUAAUAAAUCUGAUUUUGAAAUUUGAUUCUGAAUUUUUUAUGUACCUGAGUAAGUAAUGAUUGAAUUUGAUUGUUUUCAUUGUGUGCCCAAAUCAAAGAUUGUAGUGUUUCUCUGGCCAACAGAUUUAUGCUGAAUAUAUAGUUGGUAAGGGUAUUAGGGUAAUAUCUUAGGCCCAAGCUCAUACUUGUGGGUAUAUAUUCAAAGCUUGAGAUUUCAUCGUCCCGAUUGUCAACAGAAUUUACAGAUUCUAUAACUGCUUUGAAGUUACUGCUAGUUUUAUAGCUUCUU